AUGGCGGCCGAGGACAUGACACCGGAGAAGAUGGGCUUCAUGGUCCGCCACUCGUCGGGUCUGAUCUGCGCGCCCGUGUCGGCCGAGGUGACGGACCGCCUCGCCCUGCCCCAGAUGGUCUCGCGCACCGAGGACCCCCGAUCGACGGCCUACACCGUGUCCGUCGACGCCGCCGACGCGUCCGUCACCACCGGCAUCAGCGCCCACGACCGGUCCCUGGUCUGCCGCGUCCUAGCCGACCCUUCCUCCGCCGCCGCCGACCUGCGCCGCCCCGGCCACGUCUUCCCCUUGCUCGCCCGUCCCGGAGGCGUACGACAGCGUCCCGGCCACACCGAGGCCGCCACCGAGUUCUGCCGCCUCGCCGGCAAGGCCCCCGCCGGCGUCAUAUCCGAGAUCGUCGACGACGGCGAGCCCGUGCCCGGCCGCGCCCUGCACUCCGGCCCCGGCAUGCUGCGCGGCGAGCAGUGCGUCGUCUUCGCCAGGAGAUGGGGCCUCAAGGUCUGCACCAUUGCCGACCUGGUCGACCACGUCGAGCGCACCGAAGGGAAGCUCCAGCCUGCCAACGGGGCGGAUCAGUAA